CUUCCUCACAUUAUAAUUUGACAAAGACUUUGACGAGUGAACUCGUAAACGUUAAAGUUGAAAACUGACAUACGAAACGUCAUUAAUAGUAAACGAAUCAUUGGACUGUGGAGCCGCGUAACAAAUAAUUUUAUGUAAAUUACGAGUUUACUGUGCUUCGUUCUCUACUUUGUUUAAACAUGGAAUUAAAUAAUCGUUCUUUUAAAUAAAAGUGUAAUGUUACUUAUGAGAUUGAUUCAAUAGUCGUUAUUAGAUUUCGUUUUAUUCAUGGCUUCUACACCAAAACAAUCGAAUGGCAAUUUGCCAUCGAACAACGGUUCCGGUGUUAAGCGGAAAAAAUCGCGUGGAAGUAAAGGAAAUUAUCUCUCGAAAUGGUUGGAUAAAACAAUGCAUCACAUUCAAGAAUCUACUCCAAGCUCCGAAGUGUAUGAUACUUAUGUUCAUUCCAACACGAAUUGGCCGACCGGUUCCCAGUUUGCUCCAGGUUACGAUCCGUACAAAUACAAUAUAUACGGAUGCGCUUCCGAACCGAUGUCACUUCCUUCAUUGCCGACGUAUUACAACCCAAUGAUACCACCUCCCUAUUCUGAAUAUCGAUAUAUACAAAAUGAGCAUAAAGGAAUUCAAGUCCAAAGACCAAGACAGCGGCGUCGCAGUGAGAAUAAAGCUGAAGAGCUAUCUAGUACACCAGCUGAUGCACCUAUGAACCAAACGAAAUAUUUGCAACCAAAGAAUUACUCAGAUAGUCAAGAUUUUGCUAGUCUCCCGCCAAUAGUGACUUCAAUGGGUGACACAAAUUCAAACAGUGAUAUACAGACCAAUGAAAAAGACGAUGCAAGUAAUGCAAGAAGAUUUAGUGACCCUUGUGUUAGAGGUUUGCCAGAUGUCACCAGGCCUAAUGGCGAGGUAGAUUCAGGCUCUGAAGCUAGUUCCGGCCUAUCAGGUAGUCAAGUUGGCAGCCGUUUAUUGUCAUGUCUGCUUGACCAAAUUUCAAACCUUAAAAUCAAUAAUGAACGAUUAAACAAAGAAUUACAAGAGACAAGAGCUGAAUUAGAAAACGCGCGGCAUCAUAAUCCGUAUUUUCCAAAGGGACCGAACAGUAUGGGAGCUCCGACUAAUCUCAAUGGAAAUGGCGGUCAAUACUCGCCGGGAUUCCUGACGGACUUGGUGCGCGAGAUACGAGACGCGUCGCGCAUGCGCGAGGAAGCGAUGUACGCGAGGCUGCGCACACUGGUACUCGAGAGGACCGACAGCGGCUUAUCUUCAGCGGAGUCAAAACUUGCGGAACGUACACUUGAAGAAAUCAAGAGCUCUCUGCGUGCUUCGGAGGCUGAUAAGCGACGCAUGAUGGAUCGAAUUUUGAAAAUGGAAGACGAAAUACGAGUACUAAGGCUGUCGAGCGGGUACGACCCUAACGACAAUCGUAUGAAUGGUAACGUGGAAGACGCAGAUAGUGAACGGCUGCGCUUGCGCAAGGAACUAACCGACAUGCGCAAAGCGAAGCAGAGCGCAGAGGAGCAUGCCCUUAAACUUGAACGUCUAGUAACGCAGCUACGUUCAAAAUUCAACGGCCUACAGAUAACGAACGGACCCGACUCGUUGCCGAGCGAUCACGAACACGAUACGCGCACGCGACGCACCAGCAACUCGACCAAUUCGACUAAUAAUAUGACCAACAGUUCAACCAACAAUUUAACCAACAACUUGCCCAAUCUAUCUAAUCUGUCCAACACUCCGGCCAAUUCGACGGUAGUCUUUGGACCGGUUACGGAUUUGUAGCGAAUGGAACUCGGGCGUGUAAUGUGCUACAUUGUCACGGACUUUUUCAUGUCGUUAAGACAUAGAAUGAGUAAAUAGUACUGAUUUUGAGCAAUGAUUGAGUGUUGAUUAGUAAUAGACGUGUGAAAUAUAUCUGUUGCGAUGUCUGUUACGAGUUAUAUGAUUUUUAGUAAAACUGUGUUUAGUGUAUCGUGAAUCUCAAAAUUUAACGCAAAUAUCGAAUUAACUUUAAUCAAUACAAAUAUUUUGUUAUUUUUAACAUCUCUUAAAGAUUUAGUCUCGAAAUUAAAUUUUCAAUAUAUAUUUCAUUAAACUGUCCAGCUUCGUUGACAGCUAUGGCAUUAUGUACUUAACUAUUGCCAUCGUUAAAUUGGAGCGACUUUUCGGCGUUGCUCAUUAUGUAUCUGUGAUUUUGUUUACUUAUAAUCAUUUAUUACUGAGCUCGAUGUCAAGCUUUACGUAAUUGUAAAUAAUCAUUUAAUUUAAACGUAUUAUAAUACAGUUCUAUUAAUGGCACUUAUUACCAUUUGAAAUUUAAUUUUGAAAAAUAUCGAUAUUCACUCGAACAUCAUAAACUCUUUGCUUCGACAAAUUAUUUGGUGAACUCGACUAAUAUUCUUUGUUGACGAUUUUUCGAUGACAAAAUUAAUCG